GCCCCUCUACUUUUCAGCCAAUGGCCGUCGCGUCCCGGAAGGCCCUGCCCCCGUGGGCGGUGCCGUCCUAAGGACAAGCGAAAGCGUCAGCCGGUCGCUCCCGGGCGGCGGCGGUGGCCGGCCGGGUGUGUCGGUGGGUGCCGGCGUCCAUCCGUCCGCCAUGAGCAGCCCGCCUUGGUCCCCGGGCCCGGCAGUGGCCGAGCUGCCUCCUUGGAAGCGGGCCCUCCUGGAGCGGAAGCGGGCCAAGCUGGUAGCCGGUGCGGAGCUGGAGGUCGAGCGGGGCCCGUGGAGGCAGCAGCAGGUGCUGAAGCAGCCGGCUGGGGCGGGGGCUGAGGGGGCGACGGCGACGGCGAAGCAGCCGGAACCGGAGCCCAGCUGGGCGGCGGGGGAGCGGCUGGUGGUGGCGGAGAGCCUGGGCCCCUUGCGGGAGAACCCCUUCAUGCGGCUGGAGAGCGAGCGGCGGCGGGGCAGAAGGAGGAGGGGGGUCCCGCCCGUUCAGCCUCCCCCUCAGCCGGGGCCGCCGGCCGCCGCCUCCCCCGCCUCCCCCCCGCGGGCCGCCCCGUCCCUGGAGCCGCCGGCCUUGGCGCGGCUGCUGGAGCUCUACGCCUCCAUGCCGGGCAUCCGCACGAUCCGCGCAGACAACAUCCUCAUCAUAGAGUCCCGCGACGAGGGCGAGGCUGCCCCGAAAGAUCUGGGGCCGCCUCGGAAGCGGGGCGGCCACUCCCCGCGGCCCCACCGCCAGCCGGCUUCUUCCCCCGGCAGCGGCAGCAGCAUCAGGCAGGACCCCUUCCGGGAUCUGCUCUCCCGCGGGGGAUCUGCUGUCACCGAGAUCCGCGCUGCCGAGGUCGUCAUCUACGAGCCGCAGCCUAUGUCUCCAUCGCCUCCUGCUGCGCCAGGGGAGGACCCCGAAUCUGAGCAGGGCAGGGUCAGCCGCUUGCUGCAGAAAUUCGACCGGCGGCCCCGGAGCGCCAUGACGAGGGGGAGGUGGUGGGGUGGCGAUGCCCCCUGCCCGGAGCCGGUGGUGCCAAACACUUAUCCAGGGGAGGCUCCUGCUCCGGCCUCCCCUACCCCCGGAGCCCGUCCUGGUUCUCCACGCAGCCUCCAGCCUGGCAGUUUUGUGCAGAAGACCGGCUCCAAUUCGUUCACAGUGAAUCCCCGAGGAUGCCGCCCUGGGCCUGUUGCUCCUGGUCACACUGCUGCUGCUCCUGCACUCAGCAAUGGGCCCAUGGAGCCAGAAGAAGCUGCUCUACCAGCUCCACCCAGGGGUCCAGGUCGUCGUGUGGCACUUGCCACCCCAAAGCCAGUGCCAUCGCCAAAUACCACCGCAGCUGUCUCCCCAGUCCAAGCCAACUCGUGGAAGCCAAAGCUCCCAGGAGCUGUUGAGAACCCGCCACUGCUGUCCCCACGGUCCAGUGCCAGCCUGGACAGCAAUGCCACAGCCAGCUCACCCCAACCCACCCUGCUCCUUAGUUCUAGCUGCUCCUUUGAGAUCCGCCCGGCCCCCAAGCCAGACCUGGAUGUCAUCCCUGCCCAUGAUCUCCAAGCGCAGGCCUUGGCCAGCUUGCGACUCAACUCCCGCAACUCUUUCCUCUUUGUCCCACUCCGCAAAAGGGAAGCCGCUGCUGCGCCUGAUGCUACUGACACCCACCCAUCUUUGUCAGGGGGCCCCCACUCAGCUUCCUUGGAGAAGCCGGUGGAGGCGUUGGUGCCUGUGACUUACAUCGAUGAAGACUUGGUAGAGUUGGAGGCUGGUCACUUGCCCCCCUUGAAAGCCCUGAGUCCAAGGCUGGAGGGCUUUGAUGUACCCACAGAAGGUAACUUGGCCCUUGAUGUGGAAGACUCUGCUGUGCUCUCAUAUAGGCCCCAUCCUGCUGGCUUUGCCACCUUGUCUCCGAAAGGUAGCAACACCUUUACCAUUGUGCCCAAAAGGAAGCCCCCCUCUGCUGGGCUGGAGACCUUCAGCAGAGUUCGGCUGCAGGAGGAGGAAGAGGAGGAGGAGGAGGAAGAAAGCCAAGCCAAAGCCAGGACUGAUGUGUCCCACCAGGAUCUGGGGCGCCUUCUCAAAAAGUGCUACCCCACUGUGAAUGAGAUCGAGGUGAUAGGGGGCUACCUCUCUCUUGACAGGUCCUGCAUGAGCAAAUCAGGCUCCCGGCGCAAAAAGAUGAAGAUUUCUUUCAGUGAGACUAGCCUUCAGACAAUGUAUGAAUACCCACCAGAGAGCUCCUUGGUGGAGGAGGAGGAGGAGGAAGAGGAUGAAUAUGCCACAGAAGUGGAUGAGACGCCUGCCUUGUUCAUUCCUCGCCCAAGCAGUACUUUGCACCCAAGCACUACCAACUCAGGGUUAUCAAGUUACACCCCAAAGCACUCCAUGGAAUUCAGCAAGUGGCAGGAGCAGCAAUAUGAGGAGAUACCUCCAAGCACAGGAGCUUUUCCACACGAUGCUGACCUGCCAGGCAACCAAGUCAUGCUCACUCCAGCAGACAAGAGCAGCCUCUCUGACUUCAGUAGUGAGCCUGCCCUGUACUUCUGACUUCUGGGCUUCCACUGGUGCUGCACAGAGACCGCCACCACCCAUGUCCCUGGUAUCCUUGCCGCCGGGGGUUUGCAGAAGCACUUAACUGGGAGAAGGAGGUGGGCACUUGAAGCCAAGCCUCGCUUCCCUCAUCAGGUACUGAGAUGCCGUGGAGGUGGGUCCCAUGCGGAUCUUAGAGUGUCCCUUGUGAGGCAGCUUGCUUGUUCUGCCUGUGGCCUUAAUCAUUUUUGCUCAGUCCCUUUGCCGGAGAGUGACUCGCAAGGUGACUGGAUGCUGACAGGGCUGCCCACAGCCCGACUGCUGCUUUUCUCCUUGCGUGGCUGUGUCACUGCCAUCAGCCAGCCGUGUUUGCACUGGUCUAGCAAUGAGCUUGGUGCUGGAUCCCUGCAAGCAAGCUGUGACUGAUGGGAAACACCACGUUGGGAUUCAUCUGGGGGAAGCUAAUGCUCUGAAGGACCUGAUGGGAGUUGCAUAUGGAUUCUUCCUUUGUUCAGGUAAAGGUGAAUGAUAUUGGCUACUCCAGUGGGUUGGUGAAAAUGGUGAAAAGAGAUGGAAGGCAUUGUUCUCUGUUACCUUAAAGAAACUGAAUGUGGAAAAAGAUCCCCACACCCCACUGGUUGGCCGUGGGGGUGUAUCCUUGGUAUGACUAAGGAUGGCUUUAAAUGAACCCGUGGCCGUCUGGCUCUUAUUUGCAUGUGCCUUGUGGCAACUUGAACUAUCUAGAGAGCCAGCCAUUUGUGGCCUUCACUCACAUGUGGAAGGUCCAACUGGCAAGCUCUCCACACAUACUUGCCAUGCUGUGGCUCCUAAGUAAGCAAGCUGCCCAUGGCCCAUUUUUUUUCCACUGGAAAAACACCAAAGCCCAAUUUCAGGGACGGGGAGCAAAGUUGUUGCAAUAGAUCUUUUUCAGAGCUAAGACUUCACAGCCUGUAAGAUAGCUACUUGUUCAGCCUAGCUCCUCUGUGUGUGUGUGUGUGUGUGUGUGCGCGUGGGCAAUGAUGGAUCUGGUCCUUCAUUUCCAAGUUGCAGUACAUGACCUCUUGAUACCACAUACUCUGGAAACAGCUGGCCUGGUACAUUCCAUUUGCCCUUGCAAUGACUUUUCUACUGACCAACCAAGCCAUUUAAUAUAUUCAGGUUAUGGAGACUAGAUUAAGUACUGUACAUUUAGCUUCCAAAUAGUGCUACAUGCAAGGAAAAAUUGAUAUGGGGUCAGAAAUACAGUUGACAUUAAUGUUGUGAAAGACCCUCAUGUUCAAAGACCCAGCUUCAAAAGGACCAAACUGACUUCUCUGAAACCUGAUUUUUUUUUCUUUUGUCAAAUCAAAAUGAGCUAAUUUACUGUGGUGAUUUAUAAAAUGAUCUGUGUUUUGCACUUGGUAACAAUUUAUUAAUGGGGGGGUGGGUUUUCUAGACAUGUGCUCAGCUGACCACUGUUACUGGGUCUGGCUGGUGGGGCCAAACUGCUGUACUGGUCAUUCCCCCUUGAAUGGUAUCACUUUGUGCUUCCAAAGCUCAUUAAACUACACAAGUGAUUUCUUCA